CUCCCUCGUCUCUACUGCACCAGCGCAGUUCCCACUCUGCAGCUAUAUAUCUAGCUAGCUUCCCCCCUGCUCCUCCUCCUCCGUCCAGCUUUCGUCCUGUCCGGUCGGCUGCGCUAGGUGACCGCGGAGGAGCAGCUCCGAUGGCCUCCCUGUCCGCCGUCUCCGGCAAGGCCGCCGCCGGCUACUGCAAGCCACUCGCCCUGAGCUGCAAGGGAAGCAGAGUUCCAGGCCGGAGCCUGAUCUCCAUGGGGGCGACGAGAGGCCGCCUCAUCUCCCUAAGAUCACCUCGCUUUCGCGUCUACGCGGCGAAGGAGGAGACGGUGAACAAGGUGAUUGACAUCGUGAAGCAGCAGUUGGCGCUGGGCGCGGACGCGGCGCUGACGCCCGAGUCCAAGUUCACGGACCUGGGCGCCGACUCUCUGGACACGGUGGAGAUCGUCAUGGCGCUCGAGGAGGAGUUCAAGAUCACCGUCGAGGAGGACAACGCCCAGAACAUCACCACCAUCCAGGAGGCCGCCGACCUCAUCGACAAACUCGUCGGCUGAUUUAUUUGUUUCACUUACUUUUUGGGAACGUCGUUGUUGUUGCCAAGAUUCGAUUAUUUUCUCCUUCCUCCUCCUCGUAAGUUUCCAGCGUAGCGUCGUUCGUUGUUUGGAUCCCAGCUCCUGUACGUUUUCGCCAACUUUUAGCUGUGCGUGAUGCGCACGAGUGUGUCUUUUUAAAGGAUUUUUGUUAGGAUUCAAAAACAUGUUUUUGUGCGCUAACGCACAUAAUUCAUGCCAUUUUGUUCCCAGUUGGAAUCACAUUAGGUGUGUGUAUGUUUAUCGCCA